GGGCGUAGGUAAACAGAUGACGUCAGAGGCGUGACUGUGCAGGACGGAGGGAGAGCGCGCGCGCGCCGGCCCGAUCGCAGUGAGAGCGAGAGCGCGUGCACUGGAGACUCGAGAUCAACGCGAUAAAGAUGGGCAACGUUCAACCCACAGUCGUCCCCUACGAGGACUUUGACGUGGUGGCGGAUAUUAAGGACAUCCGUAAAGCCUGCAAAGGAAUGGGUACUGACGAGGAGGCCAUCAUCUCCAUCCUAGCUAACCGCUCCUCGGCCCAGCGCAUGGAAAUUAAACAAGCAUACUUUGAGAAAUAUGAUGAUCAGGAGCUGGAGGAGGUGCUGAAGAGCGAGUUGACGGGAAGUUUUGAGAAGGCCAUCAUGGCCAUGCUGGAUCCUCCUCACAUCUACGCCGCUAAAGAACUGAGGCGCGCCAUGAAGGGAGCCGGAACCGACGAGGACGUGCUGGUGGAGAUCCUGUGUACCAGCACCAACCAGGAAAUCCUGAAUAUUAAGGAGGCGUAUGCUCAGGUCCACGAGCGCGACCUGGAAGCCGACAUCGAGGACGAUACCAGCGGGGACGUGAGGAACCUGUUGAUCUCGCUCCUUCAGGCCAGCAGGGACGAGGGUUUUGACGUGGAGGAAGAAGUGGCCGAGCAGGACGCUACGGCACUGAUCGAGGCUGGAGAAGGACGCUUCGGCACGGACGAGUCCACCUUCACCUACAUCCUCACUCACAGGAACUACCUGCAGCUUCAGGCCACCUUCAAAUACUAUGAAUCUAUGUCCGGGACCGACAUCCUCGAUGCCAUCAGCGGUGAAGCCACAGGGACGUUAAAGGACUGCUACAUAACUCUGGUUCGUUGCGCUAAAAACCCGCAGCUGUAUUUCGCCCGGCGCCUGAACGCAGCCAUGUCCGGCGCAGGGACAGACGAGGACACACUGAUCCGCAUCAUAGUGGGACGCUCCGAGGUGGACCUGGAGACCAUUAAGGACAUGUAUCUGGAGAAGUUUGACGUGACGCUGAAGGACGCGCUGAACUCGGACUGCGGGGGGGAUUUCAAGGGCCUCCUGCUGGCCAUCCUGCACUGAAGCACUGGACACUGACCUCUAACACCAGAAAGCAACCUUCUCACCAACACUGCCUAGAGGAACCACACACAGGCUGUGUUCCAGUACUGCUUUAACACGCCCUCGUCCACUUCCUCUCAUCCGACACACAAACGCUGACAGAUCAAACGCUUUUAUUUACAUUUUUUUAAAUGGUAAAUACGCUCAAAUAUAAAGUUAAAUGUUUGGAAAAAUUUCCAGUGGCACACAUCUUACCUCUGAGAAAAAUAUACAACUAAAAUUUAUACAAAUUAUUUGACUGAUUUUUAUUUACUCAGUUUUUACCUUCAGGUCAAAACAUUUCCUCAAGCACACUUUUUUUUCUAUUAUAUUAACAUUGUUAUUGUCCCAUUUUGAUACUUCAUCACAUUUGAUAUUUAGAAAAACAUUUUUUAAAAACACAAUUUUCAGCAUUUUCUACACUUUCAGGCCGAGUUCUGGGUCGGAGAUGUUGGCGAGGGCGUGUUAUAAACAGUGCUACACUUCUUCUGCUCUUCUAGUCGUCACAAACCGGCUCCUGAGUUUAAUUACAGCGUCGUUCUAACAAACUCCCGCUUUUUAAAUAAUUAAAGAAUGAAGCGUUACUGAAGAACGACUUAUUAAAGCUACGGCGUCAUUUAAUAUUUCCGCUCAAAAUCAAAUCCACAAAAUGUUCACCUCAGUGUGGAUCAUCCAGCUACAUUCACGUGUAGCUUCAUUUCUCACCAGAUGCUCAAAUCUUCUGGAAUGAAUCACUGCGGAAAAUCUAUACUUCUAUAACAAGCAGAAUAUCAUCGUUUUAGUGAAACCACAGCAUCUUCUUUUUCUGCUCCAGCGGGUAAAAAUCCAGGAGGCGGAGCCUGAUCAAAUAUAACUAUAUAUAUGAUGGUGUUUGCAGAGAGAGGGAGGGAGGGAGAGGGAGGGAGAG